CAGCCGUCUUUACUGUCCGAGCUAACAAAGAUGCUCUUCCGCGUGGAUUUCUUGACCCAGAUCUCACGGCGCGGCGGAGGAGCGGCGAUCAUACCCGAUCGCCCGGAUCGAUCGAUAUUCGCGGCGCAGGGUUUUGAUUCAAAUCUUUGGAGGCGGCCGCCAUGGCGUCCAAGCGCAUCCUCAAGGAGCUCAAAGAUUUGCAAAAGGAUCCCCCCACGUCGUGUAGCGCCGGGCCUGUCGCGGAGGAUAUGUUCCACUGGCAAGCGACGAUCAUGGGACCUCCCGAUAGUCCCUACGCGGGUGGGGUUUUCCUGGUGACCAUCCACUUCCCUCCGGAUUAUCCAUUCAAGCCUCCAAAGGUUGCGUUCCGGACGAAAGUCUUCCACCCAAACAUCAACAGCAAUGGAAGCAUCUGCCUCGACAUCCUCAAGGAGCAGUGGAGCCCCGCAUUGACGAUCUCCAAGGUGAGAAAGCUCUGGCUUUUGCUUUUCACUCGAUCAAUCCAUCACUCGUCGAUCUUGGUUUCUUCUUCCCAGGUGCUGCUCUCGAUUUGCUCACUACUCACUGAUCCAAACCCCGACGAUCCUCUGGUUCCAGAGAUCGCCCACAUGUACAAGACUGACAGAGCCAAGUACGAAGCCACCGCGAGAAACUGGACCCAGAAGUACGCCAUGGGCUGAUCGAUCCAACCGAGAAGACGAAGAACAAGAAAAAAAACAAAGCAUCCAAAUCGACGAAGCCCAUCUCUAAGGUACCACCACGCCAAUCGAAUCGACACGAAUAUUCCACGCUGUUUGAAUUGAAUAGAAGAGAAGCCCUAGCUCUAGCCCUAAAAAA